AUGGCCCCUCAGAUCAAGGCAGCCGCCAACGGCGCUGCUGCGAAUGGCGACGUCAACCACGAGCCCAUCAAUGUUAUUAUUCCCAUUGGCGGCAUUGGCUCCCGCUUCGCAAAGGAGGGUUACCGCUACCCGAAGCCCCUGAUCAACAUCGUCGGCCGACCCAUGCUGCUAUGGCUGAUUGACAACCUGAGCCUCAAGCCUGGCGACACCUUGUGGAUGGCCAUCAACGAGGAGGUCGACGACGAGUUCAGAAUUGGCCAGCUCGUGAGCAAGACGUUUUCCAAGAUCGACUUCAGACUCCUGCGCUUGCGCCACCAGACCAAGGGUGCCAGCGAGACGCUCUACAUCGUCACCCAGAGCAUGACCAAGAAGCACCUCGAGCGCAAGACUGUCUCUCUCGACUGCGACACCAUCUACUGGGCCGAUGUCCUCCAGGACAUUCGCAACAUGCCCAAGGGCCACGGCGGUUGCUUCUACUUCCCCGACGUUGGCGACAAGCCCAUCUUCUCUUACAUCAAGACAGAACCCAAGGACGGCUUGGAGCGCAUUGUCGACAUUCAGGAGAAGAAGGCCAUCUCCAACAAGGCAAACACUGGCGCAUACGUUUUCCCGUCCGCGGGUCAGCUCAAGUCAUGGGCUGCCCAGAACCUCGACAUGAAGAGACCCGACGGCUCAGAGGUCGGCGAGUACUACACUUCCCAGAUGAUCGCCCUCAUGAUCCAGAACGGCGUGCCGUACCUGGGCAUGCCUGUCAGCACCAAGGACUUCAGUGUUGUGGGCACACCCGAGCAGCUCAAGGACCUCCUGAAGCUUCUCAAGACGGAUACUUCCAACCUGCCCAUCAAGCUGAAGAAGCGCCGUUUCUGCUUCGAUCUCGACAUGACCUUGGUCGGUGUGCCCGCCGUGGCCGGAGACUACUCCACCUGCCCUCCCAUCGAGAAGAACAUUCGCCUGGUCCAGCAGUUGUACAACGCUGGUCACUACAUCAUCAUUCAAACGGCUCGCCGCAUGCGCACACAUCACGGAAACUUGGGCUCAGUGCUGGCUGACGUCGGCCCUGUAACCUUUGCCCAGCUGGCCAAGUACGAGAUCCCAUACCACGACAUCCACUUCGGCAAGCCCUACGCCGAUGUAUACGUCGACGAUUUGGCUGUCAACGCCAACCUCGACACUAUGCGUGAGAUUGGCUGGCUUUUGGACGAGCAGGACCCAGCUGCCCUGAUCGGACAAGAUGCUGCGACGGGCGACGAUGCCAAGAAGGCCGGCAUGAUUGCUGCUCGCGACUUCAACACCAUCCAGAUCAUUGGCGACAAGGUCAUCAAGUCGAGCAAGUCUGAGAACAUUCUCGGCGAGCUCUUCUUCUACUCCCACAUGCCCGCCGAGAUUGCCCAAGUCUUCCCCACCGUAUAUAACGUGGACUACAUUCCCGACACCACCACUUACAACAUCACCAUGGAGAACCGCCGUGGUUUGACCUUCUCUCACCUCCUGGUCGGUCGAUCCAUCACCAAGGGUCGCCUGAUCUCCCUCCUCAAGGCUCUCCACACCGUCCACACCACGGGUAGCACAGACAAGGCUACGCUCAAUAUUCCCAGUGCCCUAGAGAAGAAGUUCGAGGAGCACUCCCUCGCGCGGGCGAACAACCGCGUCAACAUCUACGCAAACUACGGCUCGAAGCUGCGCAGCCGUUACUACAAGGACCAGCACAAGUACGAUGCACUUGGUCCCCUUGCUGCCUCCCUCUUCGCCCGUAUCAACGAGUUCCUCGACACGUACGAGGCUGAGGAGAAGGGUGUUCACGCGCAGGUCAUUCACGGUGACCCGGUCUUCAGCAACGCCAUUCUUUCCAAGGACGAAAAGCUCGUCAGCUUCAUCGAUGUGCGCUGCCAGCUGGAGAACACUCUGACGCCCGAGGGUGACAUCCACUACGACUUGGGCAAGGUCCUCCAGUCUCUCUGCGGUUACGACCACAUCCUGUUUAUGAGCGCGAACAACUAUGACUUGCGCGACGCUCUCGACAGUGACAAGCCCCUCCUCGACGAGGCCGACUCAGACCUCCUCGAGAGCCUCCAGGAGCACUUCUUCACCUUCCUCGAGGAGACAUAUUCUGUGCGCCUGCACCGCAAGACCCUCUUCCGUAUCACCGCCUCCCUGUUCUUCAGCUUGAUCCCUCUGCACCGACCCGAACUCGGCGCCGUGUUCCUGCGCAUGUGCAAGGAGACGCUCGACAAGGCGAGCAACAUCAACUACGGCCCGGGCGCCCGUUCCACGUCAGGCCUCACGCUUAGCCGGCGCGCGAGCUCCAACUUUGGCUCGGAUGAGAAGGCUCGCGAGAUGCCCAUCGCCUCGGGCAAGGGCGAGAACCUCUCGAUUCCCAGCGUUACCGUCACUGCGAAAUAA